AUGCCCCCCCCGGCUUGCCCUUCUUGCUGCUCCCUCCUCGCCCUGCCCGCCCUGCACAAGGCUACAGAUGCACCAUCCCAGGAAGGACGUCUCUCAGACCAAGAACCAGAGUCGGCCAAGGCAGAAAAUGAUAACGUCUUUCUCAUCAGGGCGCAAGGAUUUCCCUUCUCAUGCACAGAGGAAGACGUCCUUACCUUUUUUGAUAGCUGUAGAAUUCGAAACGGUGAGAACGGCAUACACUUCCUCUUAAACAGGGAUGGGAGACGCAGGGGGGAUGCCUUGAUUGAGCUGGAGUCGAAAGCAGAUGUCCAGAGAGCCUUGGAAAAGCACCUGAGGUAUAUGGGCCCACGCUACGUGAAAGUUUUUGAAGUGCACGAUAGUGAUGUAGAGGGCUUACUACAAAGUCUGCGGGAAGAGUCACAAGCCAUAAGUGAUGGAGUUGUACUACUCAGAGGCCUUCCGUUCAGCUCCACUGAGGAGGAUAUUGCAGAUUUUUUCUCAGGUUUGAAAAUAACAGACAUAGCUUUCGUUUACCGGGGAGAAAGAAAAACAGGAGAAGCUUUCGUGCAGUUUGCAGCUCCUGAAAUGGCAGCUAAGGCCUUGUUACGACACAGGGAAUAUAUGGGAAGUAGAUACAUAGAAGUGUACGUAGGUAGAAAGCAUCAAAUGCAAAGGCACAUGCCUUAUGACAAGCAGAUGAUAUCCUACCCCAAAGUGAGAGAAGAACACGAAUCUGUUUCUGAAGAAAGGGGAUUGAGUGACGCGGGAGGCUCCGACGCUGAAAGAGAAAAUAAAUUGUGCAGGGAAGGAAAGGAAAGCUCCGGGCACGUUUUGGAAUCUGGGGGCGUCUCAUCACCACUGCACUUUGUCCACGUGAGAGGUUUUCCUACCCAAGCUAGUGCCCAAGACAUAAUAAAUUUUUUUGCUCCGCUGAAGCCGACACGGAUCAUGGUAGAAUACAACUCCCAUGGAGAUGCCACAGGAGAAGCAGACGUGCAUUUCGGGAGCCAUGAGGAUGCAGUCGCUGCAAUGGCUAAGGAGGGCUCACAGCUGC